AUGAAGUCUCAGUUCCUUUACUUGAUCUCAUUCUCUUGGCUUGCAUUCACAGUAAGUCAUGCAGCAAUAUCUCCGGAAGUUUAUUGGAAAGUAAAAUUGCCCAACACGCAGAUGCCUAAAGUGAUCAAAGAUUCUCUUCCCCACACAGAUCAUAAUUUCAACAUAUACCGCGGUAACAUUGAUUCUGGACUGGUCCCUUGGCAUCAUGCUGCUACAGAGGAAGAGAUUCAUCAAUUGAAAGACGAUCAAAAAGUAUACCGCGGUAACAUUGAUUCUGGACUGGUCCCUUGGCAUCAUGCUGCUACAGAGGAAGAGAUUCAUGAACUAAAAGACGAUGACAAUAAUUUUCUUUACAAACCUUACUUCUUCGAAAAUGACUUGAAGAAAGGAAAUAUUAUCAACUUUCCCUCUUUGAAACAUAAAAAUGAUGCACCAUUUUUGCCUCGCCAAUCAACCAUUCCCUUCUCAUCGGAAAAAAUCCCUGAAAUUCUAAAUUAUUUCUCAAUCGAUAGUAAGUCAAAGGAUGCUCAAAUAAUCAAGGAAACAAUCAAUUUAUGUGAAGAGCCAGAUCUCCAUAAAGAGAAGAAAUUUUGUGCAACCUCAUUGGAGUCGAUGGUAGAUUUCAUGUUAUCCGAGCUAGGAACAAACAAUAUCCAAGCAAUUACAACAGAGGUACAAGGGGAAAGUAGUCAAAUAUUUCAAAAAUACACUAUGGAAAAAGUUGAACAGAUAGCGGAUGGAAAUAACAUGGUAUGCCACAAAGUUAACUACGCGUACGCUGUGCUUUAUUGUCAUGUUGGAGGAAGAACCAAGACAUUCAUGGUAUCUAUGAUAGGUGUUGAUGGAACAAAAGUUAAAGCACUAUCAGUAUGCCACCAAGAUACAUCUUUUUGGACCCCAAAGGGAUUACCUUUUGUAAUACUCAAUGUUAAGCCUGGAACUACCCCUAUUUGUCAUUUCCUUCCAAGUGAUGAAAUUGUUAUUUUCCCUUCUAAAGAGGCCAUUAAUUAG